AUGGUGUGCAAGUGUGGUGAGUUCUUUUCCGAUUCCGCCUCAACUGCUUCUUCUCAUUCUGAUCCCUUUCAGACUGCAAGAACAAGCAAUGCAAAUGCGGAGACAAGUGUGAGUGCACUGCCGAGAAGUGCUGCGAGAAGUUCUGUUGUGAGGAGGCGAGCGAGAAGAAGUGCUGUGCCGAAGGAUGUGAGGGAAACUGCAAGUGCCCCAGUUGUCACUGCUCCGAGCAGAAGAAGUGCUGCACGAAGGGACACCAUCACUCAGAGACUGCCGCUGCUCACUGA